AUGGAAUCGGUCGACUUGUCUACGCAGGAGCUGAACACCCUUUUGAAGAGUAUAGUAGAAGACAAGGACAAUACUGUUUCUAUAGAAUUUAUCAAAUCUGAGAAAUUUGUACAAUUAUUGCGUGCAUUUGGCUAUUCUGGCAAGGAGUCUAUAAAACCUAUUUCUCUCGUAAUCUUAACAAAACUUUGUGAGAAUGCAAAUGUCAAAGAACUAUUCACGCAAAUCUCCUCGAAACUAAUACGUAAAUGGCUAGAAUCAACCGAGCAACAAGACAAAUUAUGCUCAUAUUCUGCAUUAUCUGCUGUUCUCCAAGCAAACAAUGAAAUUGGUGCCUCGAUACUAUCCCAAGAUGGUCUUGUCGAAGAAACAAUGGAUUGUGUAGAAUUUGAAACUGAGCAAGUUCAGAUUGCCAUUGCUGACGUGUUGUCACAUGCAUGUUCGCAAAAGGCUUGUCGUGCGUUGGUGGCUACUCAUUGUCAUGAUUAUCUUUCGACGGUAAUGACGACGAACAAGAAUGAAAAGCUUAAAGCUGCCGCGGCUGUUACUUUAACCAAGAUUCUAUUGGAUGAAAAAACCUCAAAAGCUGUUGAUCAAGUUGCCGGGGAUAGCGUACAACUUACAGAGUUAUUUCAAAAGAUGGUUUUGAACGACGAGUCGGAUAUUUCGGUAAGAUUGAAUGCUGUUGAGGGAUUAACUUAUGCUAGCAUGAAACCCAAGGUUAAAGAGAUGAUCACGUACCAUCCAACCUUGUUGAAAAGACUAUUCACAUUUGUUAAAGAUUCUGAAAAGACAA